AUGCCGGUGGAUGUCAAGACUGCGUGUCAGGUGCAAAUUGUUGUGUCUGGAAUGUUGAAUUACGAGCUGAAUAGCCAGCACGAUAUCACAGUGUUAGUAUCCGACUCAAACGGUAAGACCUACUUGGCCAACUUCACGGUCACCGUACAAGAUAGCUUGGAAUUAGCCGGUGGAUUGGCGACAGUUACUGAAAACCAGCAGUCAGCUGUAGUAGGAGAACUCGUCACAACCGACGACGACCGACAUAAGAAGUUUACUUACUCUCUUGUGAGUGAUGGAGGUGGACCGUUUGAUAUAGUGGGGAAAGAAGUUCGACUGAAGAGCGGAACAAGCGUCGACUACGAGAAGAACAAACAAUUCAGCAUCCGCAUUAAAGUGACCGACGGAGGAUCACCCGCAAUGUCUUUGACGAAAACGUUUAUAGUAAAAGUUAUUGACGUCAAUGAAGCUCCCACCAAUGUCUAUUUGUCUAAAUACGAGGUCAAUGAAAAUAGUGACGCGGGUACAGAAAUAGGAACUAUUAGUACAAAAGACCCGGACAAUGACGAUACAAUUACUCAGACUCAUAUUUAUAGAUUAGAUGAUGACGCCGGAGGAAGAUUCGCAAUCGUCAAUGGUGCUCUUAAGGUGAAACCUUCAAACAAGCAAUGUUUGAAUUCUGGUGGAGAUUUCUGUUUGCUGAAUUACGAAAAGUCGACAAGUCAUCGCAUUGUAAUCGAAGUUACUGACAGUGGCAAACCGUCAAUCAAGAAAGAGUUUGUUGUAACAAUUAAAGUUUUGGAUGUCAACGAUAGUCCUCGAUCAUUCACAGUCAGCAAUCUGUUGAUUAACGAAAAUCUUCGUAAAGGAACUCUAAUAGGAAGCUUGUCAGCUGAUGAUGAAGAUUCUAGUUCCUCUCUAUCAUAUCACAUUAUUUCGAGCGACGGUGGAAACUUUAACUUGAGUGGUAACCAACUGUUUACUGGACAGCUCGAGAACUAUGAAGUUCGAUCGUCAUACCAACUCAAAUUGCAAGUCAAAGACAACGGAUCUCCACAACUCUCUAUAAAUCAAUUAUUUACUGUGACCGUUAUUGAUGUCAACGAACGACCAACUUCGGUUUCUGUCUUCCCAACAGACGGACAAUUAAACUUCACGGUCAACUUUCCCAAAGUUCGAGAGCACACAUUAGCUGGUACUGCUAUCGGUACAGUGGAAGUAGUGGACGUGGAUAAAGGAGAAAUGAUGACGAUCACUUUGGACGACGAUGACGGAGGGAAUUUUCGAAUAGCAACGGGAAAUGACGUUCGUUGUGGUUCUACAACAUUACAAGGUUUCAAUUCCGUUUGCCGAGCCAAACUUUUUGUUGGAAAGACGUUAGACUACGAAGUCAAUGUGCAACACACGAUCAUCAUUCGCGCUACCGACAAAAGUGGACACGGUCUCUCUCGAGUAGUCAAGUUGACUGUCUUUGUAGUAGACGUCAAUGAUCCUCCAACUGACGUGGAUGUGGCUAGCGGCAAUCCUCGUGUGCACGAAAAUGUAAACGGUGCUGUCGUUGGAGAAGUGUCGGUCACAGAUCAAGACACGUGGCAGUCGCACUCGUGUCAACUUACUGACAGCGCCGAUGGCCGUUUUGUGAUGGUCGGUCGCGAAGUACGAGUGAGUUCGAAUGCAAACUUGGACUACGAGUCGCAGCAGCAACAUACUAUAACCGUCCAAUGUACUGACGACGGAACUCCUCCUCUUAGUGUAACAAAAAGCUUCACGGUCAAAGUUCUCGAUGUUAACGAGAAACCACAGGCAAUUCACAUCAGUCACGACACGAUACCGGAAAAUGCAAAGUUCAUGCACGCUGUGGGUCGACUGUCAGCAUCGGAUCCCGACAAUUCACACUCUAUUAGACAAACGUUUACUUGGAAACUCGUAGAUAGUGCCGAUCGUCGCUUCAGAAUGGAUGGAGAUAUUCUCAAGGUUGCAGUAUACAAUAGCAAGUGUCUAGCUCUAGGUGGCAAGUGGUGUAUGUUGAACAUGGAGGAAAAGAAUAAAUACGACGUUGUAGUGAGAGUGACAGACAGCGGGUCGCCUCCGCUCGUUAGAGAUGAGAUCAUCACAAUCCACUUGACAGACGUCAACGACAGACCGAGGAAUCUCGAUUUAUCGAGUAACACCGUUUACGAAAACGAUCCCAAAGAUACUUUAGUGGGACUUCUCUUCGCUACAAAUGAAGACAAAGGACAGACUUUGGAGUACGUCUUGGUCGAUGACGACGACGGCAAGUUUAAAAUCGUCGCUAACGAGUUACGGAAAGCGUCGCCUGCAGACUACGAGACGUCGACGAGUCAUUCGAUAUUGGUGACCGUAAGAGACGACGGAAUACCUUCACUUAACAUUUCGAGACGUUUUGUCAUUGAAGUUAGAAACGUCAAUGAACCUCCAUUCAACCUUUCCAUCGUGCAAGGUGACGAGGGAGACGUGGCGUUCGAGAUGAACAAACCACGUGUUACGGAAAAUUCUAGUUUGAAUAAAUUGGUGGGAAUAGUCGAGAUAGUCGAGUACGACAGCAACGACACGGUCAAAUUUAUUUUGGAUUCGGCUGACAAAAUUCCGUUUAAACUCGAUGAUGCGGGCAGAUGUGAAACUUUCACAAAUGUAACAGGAGUCAACACUCGUUGUUAUACGACGUUACGAGUUGCUGGACAUCUCAACUUUGAAGAACAAGGAAGCUAUUACAUCAACAUUCGUGCUGUAGACGCAAACGGGCUCUUUGUCGUUCGCAGAUUUAAAGUGGAAGUGAUUGAUGUCAACGACGUUCCAAUCAAUAUUCAUAUUUCUAAUCUAAGAGUGAAUGAGAAUUUGAACAAUGUUCUAAUCGGUUGUUUGAACACCGACGAUGAAGAUCCAACACACAAUCACACUUACACACUGCAGGACGAUUUUGCCGGUCUCUUUGAUAUCUUUGAUGGAUGCCUCUACACGUCAGCGACGGCCGAUUUCAACUACGAGACGCUCAACACGAUAAACAUUACAGUUCGCUCCGCAGACGAUGGCAAACCGUCUUUGUAUCGAGAGGAGUUGUUUACAAUAACGAUAUUAGAUGUCAACGAACAUCCGUUCAUAAUCACUACAUCACAUCUCAAGAUGCCAGAGAAUAGUCCAGUAGACAGCGUCGUUGUCGUCGUGAAUGUCCACGAUCCGGACAAUGACGGACCGAAAGGAAAAUGGCAGAACUACAGUUGUAGUGCGAUUGACGACGCAAGUGGACGAUUUGUAGUGAAGGAAAAUGUUCUCAGAGUUGCCGCAAGUGACUUAAAUUACGAGAUGAAUACUUCUCUUCCCGUCGUCAUCCGCUGCACCGACACGGGCAUUCCAACCCUUUAUGAUGAUCGCAAGUUUACCAUACAAAUCCUAGACGUCAACGAGGCACCAGAAAGAAUUAUAAUGACAGGAGGAGAAUUUCCAGAAAACACAGCUGCAGGAGUCGUAGGUAAAUUUUAUACAAUCGAUCCAGAUGACCAACUGACAACCAGAGAGAACUUUACGUAUAUCAUUUCGAAUGCAAAAGAAGGGUUACCAUUUGCCAUCAAGAACAGCGAGCUGGUCACAACCAAGACGCUAAAUUACGAGGAGACGCCAUCUUGGAAGAUAACGGUGACGUCAAUAGAUCACGGUGGCCUAACCAUAACAGAAACAUUUCAGGUGUCUGUACGUGACUUAAACGAUGUACCGACUGAUGUCGGUCUUGCAGGAAGUUUGUCUCUUCCAGAGAGCAGCAGCGCUCGUACAUUUGUCGGAUCGGUUGAUGUAGUCGACGAAGAUGUGAACCAAACAUAUCAAGUGUUUCUGUUGAAUGUGACAGCAGGUGUCGGCAAUUUAUCUCUACGUCCGUGGCCAUUUUCUCUUGAUUCUACGACCGGUCAUUUGACGGUCUCUAAAGGUGCCGUUCUAGACUAUGAAAGCAUUUCUUACUAUAUUCUUCAAAUCAUCGCAAUCGACUCUGGAACUCCUUCGUACAACGUGACAGGACACAUAACCGUGCGGAUCGCUAACAUCAACGAACAGCCCACUAACAUAUCACUCGAUUAUGACCAAGUGUUGGAAAACAGUCGUGUAGGAACUGUUGUAGGAUAUUUAAACGUAACAGAUCCGGACAACUCUCGUGUGAAUAAUGUUCAGUCACAUAUCUGCGUCGUUCUGCGACCGUCUACUUCUCUCUUUAUGGUUAUAAAUAACGUGACCUUAAUGGUUGCAAGUGAUACCCUAGACUACGAAGUGGAAGAAUUUCAUAACAUUACGCUUCGUUGUUUUGAUAACGGUCAACCUCAAUUGUAUGUGGACAAAGCAUUUACUAUUCGCGUUCUUGAUAUUAACGAGCCUCCUACCGACGUGGCUUUAAGCAAUUCCAAAAUUCCUGAAAAUUUACCGCCGUUUACUCUUGUUGGCGUCGUCACUUGUCGAGAUCCUGACAACGCGGUCAACCGCAACCGUUCUUCUGUCAUCUUUAGUUUAAAUUCCAAUGGACCGUUUGUACUUGUGAACGGCACCAUUUUGCUGACGACUAGGCAGUUGGACUUCGAGAACACAUCGUCUUACAAUAUUACGUUGACCGCCACAGACGACGGAAUGCCACCUCUCGAUACGAUCGUUUCGUUAACUGUUGACGUGAUAGACACGAAUGAUCAUCCUCAAUCCAUUCGUUUCGCUAGCAACGGCGUUCCAGAAAACUCCCCCAUAGGAACUGUAGCCGGAAGUUUUUCUGUCUACGAUGAAGAUAAACUCCAGGAUCAUUUGUGUUUGAUUGCACGAGUUGUUGAUACUAUGAAUCUCUUUACUAUUGUUAACAAUCAGUUGGUGGUGGCCGUAAGCGAGGGACUGGACUUCGAGCAGAGUCCGAGUCAUACGAUGAUCGUACGCUGCACUGACAAUGGAAAACCGCGCUUAUACGUCGAGGCUGAGAUUACUGUAGAUGUUCUUGACGUCAAUGAAGUACCGUCCGACAUCAUUUUCCACUCUGUCGGUUCGCUCGACGAGGAUGCUGCACCGGAAACUUCUGUAGCCAAGUUUACCAUUAUCGAUCCCGAUUUUAAUCAGACUCACGUCUGCCGCUUGCUCAACGGAUCGGAAUAUUUUCACAUUUUGCAAGAAGACGUUCCCGAGCUGCUGCUGUCACGUAAUGCUCAUAUCGAUUAUGAAACGGAUCCUGACAUUUGGGUCAGGCUUCUCUGCACGGACAGCGGGAGACCUCCACUUAAUAUUGAGCGAUCGUUUCACGUCGUUGUGGCUGACCGGAAUGAGGCGCCUACACAAAUUAUUUUUAAAGGGCACGAAUCGUUUCCAGAAAACAUUCCAAGUGGAACGGUUAUUGGUAAUUUGAUGGUUGUCGACGAAGACAUCGGACAAUCUUAUAUAUUUCGAGUAAUUGGACGGUGGGCGUCUGCCUUUAAGAUAUCGAAGAGACAGUUGGUUGUGACCGAUGCAACCCAGUUCGACUUUGAUCGUUUGGCUGUGCCAAUCAUCAAUGUUACCAUAUCUGUAUAUGAUGAUGGUUUGCCUUCUUCUUAUACUUAUGUUCAAACGUUUUUCUUCAAUAUUACAGGCCAUCCGGAGCCUCCAGUUAACAUUCGAGUAGCCGGCGGUGCGUGGAUUUACGAGAACAGUAGCAUUGGGGAGAAAGUAGGACAGUUGAUCUGUGACAACCCGGAAACAAAUGAAAUAGUCAUCUAUAAGAUAGUAAGCAUUGAUGGAGACGAAAAUUCGAGGGAAUUCUACAUGAACGGAUCAAGUCUGUACUUGAAUACUACUCUACAAUAUGAUAAGAUCUCUACACACAAGAUUCUAAUAUUGGCAGUAGACGACGGUUUCCCGCCACUUUCGUCCCAAGAGACUUUGUCUGUGACGGUGAAACCAAUAGAUCCGUGUGCUACGAACACAUCGGAAUGCCACAAAUACGCUACGUGCAAUAGACUGGGAUCAACGACGGCAAGCUGUCAAUGUCGAGACGGCUUUACAGGAGAUGGUAAACAGUGUUAUGACAUUCCUGAAUGUGAUUUGGAAUUUAUCUCUGCCGCUGCAAACAAAACAUCUCAAAACUUAUGUGCAAACGGCGGUACGUGUGUAGAUGGCAUAGGCAACUACAGCUGCAUGUGUGCUAGCGGCUGGACUGGUAGACGCUGUCGCGAAGAGAUCGACGAAUGUUUAUCUUCUCCUUGUCUUUACGGGAAAUGUGAUGAUGAUAUAGGAAGAUAUUUCUGCUCUUGUAAGAAAGGAUUUACUGGAUCGAAUUGCGAAACUAAUAUCGACGAUUGUGCUUCACUUCCCUGUGAUUCUGGCACAUGCAUCGAUGGUAUAGACACGUUCACUUGUACGUGUCCGCCAUCCUAUAAAGGAUACCGCUGUUCUUUUCAUACAGGUCCUUGUCAACAUGACACGUGCCCAGGACAAAUAUGUGUUCCUCGACCCACUAAGGGUAUAGAUGCUUUGUUGGGACAAAGAAAAGGUGCACGGCCAGACAAUAGUUUAUCAGAGAGAUACUGCACUGAUGAAAACUAUGUCUCCCACAUCAAAAUUCGUCUUCCUCCAGGUAAUGAUGGCAUCGAAACCAAAUUGGACGAUGACUUUGAGCGUCUUCUUGAAGAUAGUCUCAACGUUGCAUCUUUUAAUUCUUCCGGUACUAUGAUCGAAUCAUCAACUGUCUACAUCGUACAAAUGGAAGUGAUAGGGGAGAGCGCAUUCGUUCACUUUGUUGUGAUUACCGAUGAUGGAAACAACACUGCCAGUCGACUAUUGUCUAAACACGAAGUUCAAGACAUUCUUUGCCCGAAUACACUGAAGCAUGACAAUGAUUUCUGCUCUAACUUUACAACUCCAAGUAUAUCAUCUUUACAUUUCAUCGGUGCCCCUUCCCCUUCCGUCAAAGAGUUCACAUUGCCCAUCGUUCUGUCGCUGGUUGCCAUUGCAGUCGUCGUCGGUUGUGGUUUGCUGCUACGCAUUUGGAUCGUUAGGAAGUCGAGAAACGCCAGACCAGUGAUCGAUGACGGCGCAAAUAAUCCAUUUAUUCGCCCAAGUCGCCACAACCAGAUGAAGGCGAAUCCUUUAUACAAAGAAGUAAAUGGUACUUUUCUGUACAAAGAAACAGACAACCCACUGUACGACAGCGAUGACGAAUGCAGCGUCGACUAUGAAUACGACAAUCCUAACGAUGUUCACGGCGUCGGAAAUCCUUUGUUUUUGGAAGACAAUUCGACGAUGGAUUCCGAUAUAAUGUGCUCUAAUCCUCUUUACGAAUCUUCUAGAGCAGAAGAUACACAAAUGAUCUGCAACAACCCUUUGUAUAGAGAAGACAGCACGGUCAAUCAAAUAUACGAAGGAUCUGGUAACGUCUAUGACGAUCCUCAAUCGAUUCUCAGUGAUGCCACUUGAAUGACGUCAAUGUAUUGUGACUGCUUCUUGUGAAGGACACCUUUAUGUGGCGUGCUUGUUCAUUCAGUCUGACAGUCUCUAGUUUUUGUCGUAAUUACUCUAAGAUUGCUCGAAUGUUAAAACUGGCGUAUUAGAAUUUGCCUCCUGAAGUCUAGCAAUAGAUCCUGAAAUGUGUUUCUCUA